AUGACUCCACUCCAAGACUCUCGUCUGAAGAAGCUACUUUUUCUCUAUGUUUUCACACUCCUUUUCAUCACUCCACCCCUCCUCACUUCUGCCAAUCACCACCAAAAUCAGCCAAGCAGAAGUCUAAUGGAGUUGGAAGAGAAUGAAGAUCCGCCAAUCCCCAAAAAGGCCAAGAAACUCUCCACCAAUAGCAACCAAACCAAGCUCCUCAAGCCCACCUCCAAUUCAUCCCAGAACAAAAACAAGUCCAUCAAGAUCUCCUCCACCGAUUCCGCCUCCAAGUCGUCCAACAAGACCAAGCCCAUCAUCAAGACGAGCCUAACGGAACACCCUGCGCCGCCGGCCACCGCCAAAUCGAACCUCAAGAAACUCAACUCCACCUCCAAAUCGAAUUCGACUUCUCUCCUAACCAAGAAAACCUCAGAUCUAUCCUCACCCAAGAACAAAACCUCCAAGCCCACCACUACCAGCAAAGAGACAAAAACAAAAACCCAUCUGGAAACCACUCAGCCCAAAUCCGACAAGGCCCAGAAAAAGCAGCCCAGCUGGAUCGACGACGACGACGACGACGAUUUGGUCGCCGGAUUCAGGGAUCUCCCGACGAAAUUUCAAGAAUCAAUUGUCCCAGAUUUGGAAAGAAUCUCAAAGACAUCACAAAUUUACCUCAACAAAUACAACAAAGAGUUCACAAAGGGAUAUAUUAAGCCUUACUUUGGCACCAAAUACGCGUCCGCCAUAGCCUCAUUAGUCUCGUUCGCUUUCGUUUUGAUCCCCUUGAUUAUCGUCUCCCUCAUCUUCAGCAAAAUCAAAGCUUAUUUUUCGCUUCAAAAGCUCUUGAUUCUCGUCCAGGCUUAUUUAGCUAUUUAUUUCACCAUCCUCUGCUUGUCCGCCUUGGCGACGGGGCUCGAGCCGCUGAGGUUCUUCUUCGCGACGUCGCCGUCCACCUACGUGGGCGUGCAGGUGCUGCAGACGCUGGCUUAUGUGUUGUACCUGCUGAUUCUGUUGAUGUACCUCAUACUGGUGUUCUCUACCGAGACCGGGCUGGCGACGAAGGUGUUGGGCCUGGGCCAGACGCUCGUGGGCUUCGCGGUUGGGCUUCAUUACUACAUGACGGUGUUUCACAGGGCCGUGCUGCACCAGCCGCCCAAGAGUAGCUGGCGGGUGCACGCGCUCUAUGCCACGUGUUUCCUUGUGAUUUGUCUAUUGGGUAGAGUGGAUCGUCAGAAGAAGACUUAUUUGGAAGAGGGAGGCGAGGAGGGUAAAAAGAGUUAA